CUGGGAGUCGCUCCUUCCGCCCGGGCCUGGUCGCCGCGGAGGACUGUUGCCGUCAUGUCGGCCGCGAUCGCGUCGCUGGCUGCUUCCUACGGUUCGGGCUCAGGGUCCGAGUCGGACUCGGACAGUGAGGGCGGACGGUGCUCGCUGCCGGCCGCCGACGCCCUCAUGCACCUGUCCCAGUCGCCGUCGGCCAAGCCCGCUCUGGCGGUGGCGGUGGACGCGGCCCCGGAGGUGGCGGUCAAGGAAGACUUGGAGACCGGAGUUCACCUGGAUCCUGCAGUCAAGGAGGUCCAGUAUAAUCCCACCUAUGAGACAAUGUUUGCUCCUGAGUUUGGACCAGAAAAUCCCUUUAGGACGCAGCAGAUGGCUGCCCCUAGAAAUAUGCUUUCUGGAUAUGCUGAACCAGCUCAUAUCAAUGAUUUUAUGUUUGAACAGCAAAGAAGAACUUUUGCCACAUACGGUUAUGCAUUAGACCCUUCGUUAGAUAAUCAUCAGGUGUCUACUAAAUAUAUUGGUUCUGUAGAGGAAGCUGAAAAAAAUCAAGGUUUAACUGUGUUCGAAACUGGUCAGAAGAAAACAGAAAAGAGGAAAAAGUUCAAAGAAAAUGAUGCUUCUAAUAUUGACGGCUUCUUGGGACCAUGGGCAAAAUACGUGGAUGAAAAAGAUGCAGCCAGACCUUCAGAAGAAGAACAAAGAGAAUUGGAUGAAAUCACAGCCAAGAGGCAGAAGAAAGGCAAACAGGAAGACGAGAGACCUGGGGACGAGAAGACGAUCUUACAUGUUAAAGAAAUGUAUGACUAUCAAGGCAGGUCCUAUCUCCACAUCCCUCAGGACGUUGGUGUGAACCUGCGCUCGUCUGUGCCACCCGAGAAGUGCUACCUUCCCAAAAAGCAGAUCCACGUGUGGUCCGGACACACAAAGGGCGUCAGCGCCGUCAGACUGUUUCCUCUCUCUGGCCAUCUGCUGCUCUCCUGCUCCAUGGACUGUAAGAUCAAGCUGUGGGAGGUUUAUGGAGACAGGCGCUGUCUGCGAACAUUUAUUGGCCACAGCAAAGCUGUCAGGGACAUCUGCUUUAGCACAGCAGGGACGCAGUUCCUCAGUGCAGCUUAUGACAGGUACCUGAAGCUCUGGGACACUGAGACAGGACAAUGUGUAUCCAGAUUUACAAACCGAAAAGUGCCUUACUGUGUCAAGUUCAAUCCCGAUGAAGACAAGCAAAAUCUCUUUGUGGCUGGGAUGUCUGACAAGAAGAUAGUGCAGUGGGACAUCCGAAGUGGAGAAAUCGUGCAGGAAUAUGACCGGCAUUUGGGGGCUGUCAACACCAUCGUCUUUGUCGAUGAGAACAGGAGGUUCGUGAGCACGUCUGACGACAAGAGCCUCCGAGUGUGGGAAUGGGAUAUCCCUGUGGAUUUCAAGUACAUAGCGGAGCCCAGCAUGCACUCGAUGCCUGCAGUGACCUUGUCUCCAAACGGGAAAUGGCUAGCAUGCCAAUCAAUGGACAAUCAAAUCUUGAUUUUUGGAGCACAAAACAGAUUUAGAUUAAAUAAGAAAAAAAUCUUUAAGGGCCAUAUGGUAGCAGGCUAUGCUUGUCAGGUGGACUUCUCCCCAGACAUGAGCUAUGUGAUUUCAGGAGAUGGAAAUGGAAAAUUAAACAUCUGGGACUGGAAGACUACCAAGCUCUACAGUCGGUUCAAAGCCCACGAUAAAGUGUGCGUGGGUGCAGUGUGGCACCCUCACGAGACGUCCAAAGUCAUCACAUGCGGCUGGGACGGGCUCAUCAAGCUGUGGGAUUAGUGAGAUUAAUCCUUAAACAUCUAGGAUCAUUUUUGAUCCCAUAUCCUAUUUAACUAUAUUUAAUUAUUAAAUGUGUUUGAGUGACAACUCGAUUUACAAAUUAUGAUUUCUUACAUGACCUUGUGAGGUUAGCCCAUUGUUUAAAAAAAAGUUUUGGAAAUUUGGCUCAUAUAAUUUCAUUGCCAGCUUUGUUUUAUUCUUCACAGAUGAUGUUUGUUCAGGGAAUGACCCUUGACUUCUAUUUGACAAGUAGCUGCUGCCGGCAGGCAGUUUGGGUUUACCCCCAGGAUGGAGUGAGGGGACCCCUUUGGAGUCGCGAAGGCGUCCCUAGUGGAUCUGGGAUUCUAAAGGGGGGUGUAAUUACUGGCAGGCAACUCAGAAAGGUACCAUAUACGCCGUCCUGCCCACAGACAGGAGACGAGGAGCGGGGACGAUAUAACCACACGACUGGAGGAAGGGGGAGCCGCGCACAGUCACCGUCAUGUUGUUUUCCGCGGGUCGGUUCUGACCUUCUGGGUGAAGUUCCGCUGUUUCUGCGGCAUGUGGCGCACAUUCAGCUGUGAGUCGGCGGUCUUCUCUGGCCACAGCUGUCCUCUAACCAUUAAACAUUGCCCCCAAAACACCAGGCCAGUUCCUGCCUUGACAUUCUUCUGGUCAGUAGACAGGACUACAUAUAACCAGAGAAUUACUUUAUUUUUGAAGAUAGAACGCGAGAGAAUGAGUCAAGACCUUAAGUUUUAUUUGUAUUUCCUGUCAGUAAGGACCUGGCUACUUUGAGAAAUCAGUCCCUUGGGCCGUUGCUUCACAGAUGUCACUACUGAAAUCCUCCUCACGGGACACGGUAUGAGGGCAUACAGCCCAGAACGUCACCCUGUAGUUUCUCUGAAGUUGUAUGUUUUUACCUUUAAAAGUAUUCUGAUUUUGCUUGUGAAUAUAUUCAACAGAACCUUUUAAGAUUUGGAAAAGUUCAGCUUCUUUCCAUGUCUUUGAGUGAAGUUGACACUCGAGAAAAACGGCCAGGAUUCCCCAGUCUGAGAAGCAGUGACUGGGUGAUUCAUAAAGUUUAAAAACUUCAGAUUGUGAAAUCAAGAUAACCUUUUGAAUAAGUAGCUAAUAGCACUUUAGUUUGAUGAGCCGUUUCCCCUCUUUUAUUACAAAUCUGUAUCAGAUGUUUGAAAUGUUUCGGUACCACUCCAAAAAGGUGGGCUCACGGGUGCUCAGCCUGCUGACUUGGAGACCAAAAUCGUGUUGAGUGCUGGCGCCCCAAGGGCCUGAGCUUGGAGUCCUGUGCUCCUUGCACUUAAACUUCUUUUAUUUUAAAUCAAAAUUUGAAAAGGCCUGGUAUAGAUGACCAGACGCUACCACCAAGUCAUAAGUGCAUUUCAAAGAGAAAAUGGGAGAAAGGAAUGAAAGUGGUAGAAAUGUAUUUUUGGACACACGGCACUCGAAGAAGUAGAAUACACCGCUUAGCCGCCGCUGUGGCCCGAAGGGGGGAGAUAGUUCUGUUCUUUAGUCCCAACCACUGGCUCUGACGAAUGUGAACCACUGAGGCAUGAUGGGAUGAAAAGGAUCGAUCAUGCAUUUAGACUGUCUUGUUCAGCACCAGUGCAGUGUACGUUACAGAUCAUAAUUUCUAAAUCUGGGUUUAUUUUAUUGUGUUUUUGACUGUUUCUAAACUAAGUAACUGUAUAUAAAAGUUGUCUCUUUUUUAAAAAGAUCGUAUUUUUAAAUAAAGCAUUUUUUCGUAGAAA